GCCGUCACCGGCAUGGCGGGCGCUUCGGUGAAGGUGGCGGUCAGAGUCCGGCCCUUCAACGCCCGCGAAACCAGCCGCCAGGCCAAGUGCGUCAUCCAGAUGCAAGGCAACACCACCUGCAUCACCAAUCCCAAGCUCCCCAAAGAUGCCACUAAGCACUUCAGCUUUGACUACUCGUACUGGUCCCACACUUCGGUGAAGGACCCCCACUUCGCCUCGCAACGCCGUGUCUACCAGGACAUCGGGGAGGAGAUGCUGCUCCACGCUUUCGAGGGUUACAACGUCUGCGUCCUUGCCUACGGCCAAACCGGCGCUGGCAAAUCCUACACCAUGAUGGGCAGGCAGGAGGCUGGGCAGCAGGGAAUCAUCCCGCAGCUCUGCGAGGAUCUCUUCACCCGCGUCGGCCGUGAGGGAUCCCCCGAUCUCACCUUCUCUGUGGAGGUGAGCUACAUGGAGAUCUACUGUGAGCGGGUGCGGGAUCUGCUGAACCCCAAAAGCCGGGGGGGGGCUGCGGGUACGGGAGCACCCCCUGAUGGGCCCUACGUCCAGGACCUGUCCCGCCUGGCCGUCACCUCCUUCGAGGACAUCGCCGAUCUCAUGGACAGCGGCAACAAGGCCAGGACGGUGGCAGCCACCAACAUGAACGAGACGAGCAGCCGGUCCCACGCCGUCUUCACCAUCAUCUUCAGCCAGCCGCAUGACCGCCUGACCGACCUCCACACCGAGAAGGUCAGCCGGAUCAGCUUGGUGGACCUGGCCGGCAGCGAGCGCGCCGACACCUCGGGGGCCAAGGGCAUGCGCCUGAAGGAAGGCGCCAACAUCAACAAAUCUCUGACCACCCUGGGGAAAGUCAUCUCUGCCCUGGCCGAGGCGAACAGCAAGAAGAAGAAGCCGGAUUUCAUCCCUUACCGGGACUCGGUGCUGACCUGGCUGCUGAAGGAGAACCUGGGCGGUAACUCCCGCACGGCCAUGAUCGCGGCGCUGAGCCCAGCCGACAUCAACUACGAGGAGACGCUCAGCACCCUGCGCUACGCCGACCGCACCAAGCAGAUCCGGUGCCACGCGGUGAUCAACGAGGAUCCCAACGCCCGGCUGAUCCGGGAGUUGAGGCAGGAGGUGACGCGGCUGCGGGAGCUGCUCUGCGCCCAGGGGCUGGCCCACACCCUCGCCCCCCCCCGGUGAGAGACUGGGGGGGAACGUGGGAGUACUUCGGCUGCAGGUGACCCCAAAACACCCCCCAGCCCCUCCCCCACCCCGGGGGGACCCAGGCGUCCGGGCUCCCCCCCCCAAAAUUGUGGCCCUACCCCCCCCAAAAUUGUGGCCCCCCCCCUCCAGGAGACAGAGAAAAUCAUCGCGGAGCUGAACGAGACCUGGGAGGAGAAGCUGCGCAGGACGGAGGCGCUGCGCCUGGAGCGGGAGGCGCUGCUGGCCGAGAUGGGGGUGGCUCUGCGGGAGGACGGCGGCACUGUUGGCGUCUUCUCCCCCAAAAAGGCCCCCCAUUUGGUGAACCUCAACGAGGACCCGCUGAUGUCCGAGUGCCUCCUCUACCACAUCAAAGAUGGCGUGACCAGAGUGGGCCAAGUGGACGUGGACAUCAAGCUGUCGGGGCCGUUCAUCAGGGAGCAGCACUGCCUCUUCCGCAGCUGCCCCCGACCCUCUGGUGAAGUCGUGGUGACGCUGGAGCCGUGUGAGGGGGCCGAGACCUACGUCAACGGGAAGCAGGUGACGGAGCCGGUGGUCCUCAAGUCGGGCCACCGCCUCGUUUUGGGGAAGAACCACGUUUUCCGCUUCACCCACCCGGAGCAGGCGCGCCGGGAGCGGGAGCGCGCCCCCGCCCCCCCCUGAGCCCCCCCCCGACUGGAACCUGGCCCAGCGGAGCUGCUGGAGCAGCAGGGCAUCGACAUGCGCCUGGAGAUGGAGAAGAGGCUGCAGGACCUGGAGAACCAGUACCGGCGGGAGAAGGAGGAGGCCGACCAGCUGCUGGAGCAGCAGCGCAUGCACGCCGACCCCGACAGCGGUGACGACCCAGAGCAGCGCUGGUGCGAAGCCGGUUGGCGCCUCAUCUCCUCCCUCCGCCAAAAACUCCCGGCGCCCACCGUCCGUUCCAUCGUCCGCCGCUGUGGCCUCCCCAACCCGGGCAAACGCCGGGAACCCCUCCGCGUUUACCAAAUCCCUCAACGGCGCCGGCCGGCGACGCCAGAUCCUCCCUGGGUCACCAUGGCGGACCUGAAGAUGCAGGCGGUGAAGGAGAUCUGCUACGAGGUGGCCCUGCGGGAUUUUCGGCAAGCGCGGCGAGAGGUGGAAGCCAUGAGCAUCGUCAAGAUGAAAGAGCUUUGCCGGCGCUACGGCAAACGCGAUCCUCACGAGCGGGAGACCUGGCGCGCCGUGGCGCGGGACGUUUGGGAUACGGUGGGAGGAGGCGAAGGAGGCGGCGGCGGCACCGACGGCGUCGCCGGCGAUGUCACCGGGGCGGAGGUGGAGGGGCUGCGGGCUCACCUGGACAAGCUGGCGGGGAUCCUGCGGGAGGUGAAGCGCCAGAACAGCGCCAAGGACGAGCAGAUCCGCGCCCUGCGCGACCGCGUCGGCAAGAUGGAGCGCGUCAUCCCCCUCCCAGCGGAGGAGGAGGGGGAGGCCGAGCCCCCUCCUCAGGAGCCCCCCCCGGCCGGCGCUGGGGGGGGGUCACCGUCACCUUGCUUGUCAUCCUCCUCCUCCUCGGCGGCCGAGCGGCUCUGCCGGCUGAUGGAGCAGGAUCCGGCCUUCCGGCGGGGGCGGCUGCGCUGGCUGCGGCAGGAACAGGCCCGCUUGGGGGGGGGGCUGCAGCCCCCCGCCCCCCCCCGCCGCCCCCCCCGCUUCACACACCCCCCCCAGGACUGUAAGCUUCGCUUCCCCUUUAAGAGCAACCCCCAGCACCGCCUCACGUGGGGGGCGGCCCCACCCCCCGAGGACGACGCCCCCCCCCUCUUUCGGGCCGCCCGGCGGGGGUCUCUGGACGGGGGAACCCCCCCGCGGCAGCCGCCGACGCCGGGGGGGGCCCCCGCCCCCCCCGCGGACGUGCCCCCCCCCCCGCGUGCGCCGCCAGCACUCGGCCCCUGACCUGAAGGCACGCGGUCCCCCCGCCUAGGGGGGCGCGGGGGGGGGGGAACAGCGCCGCGGGGGGUGAUGGGAUACUGGAGGACACAACCCCCCCCCCCCCUCCCCUCCAUGGACAAUCAGGGCUGAGCUGCUCCCCCCCCCCCCCCCCCCAGGUGCUGAGUGGGGUUGUCCCGCGUGGGGGGGGUCCCCCAGCUGCUGUCACACACCCCCCUCCCCCCCCUCGCGUGUGUGUGCGUGUGCCUGUGGAGGGCCCCCCCCCCAUUAAGGGGAUCCCCUGGUUGAAGGCGGAAGCCCCUAAUUAAAGAGGAACCCCUCAUUAAAGGGGGCGCCCCCCCCAUUAAAGGUGGUGCCGCCUCCGUC